AUGACGAUAAUUCCCUCUAGAUUAGCUGUAAAAACUGCUACCUCGAGUUCUUUUUUUGAAGCAAGACAAAAGGUUCUUCAUUUGUAUAGAGAUUGGCAAAGAGCGGCUCCAAAGACAGCAUCACUUUUUUUCUUGAAUAUUCCUGUUUCAGCUAUACGUGCCAAGAUCAGAGAAGAAUUCGAGAAAAAUAGAUAUGUGACUGAUUUGGGUGUAAUUGAUAUUUUGAUAUUUAAAGGUCGUUCUGAAUAUGAGGAAACUUUGAAUGGUUGGAAAAUGGAAACUCACGUCAUGAGAUACUUUUCCAAAGAAGAAGCUCAAACUCAAACUCCAAAACCGUAUUCUUUUCUGGAAAAAUUUUAUGGUAAGUUUGAUGAUGGAUCGAUCGAUAAGUGA